CGCCAGCCAUGGCGAGCCGAGGGGCUCGGCAGCGCCUGAAGGGCGGUGGCAGCGGCGGCGGGGACCCCGGCCCGGCGGCGGCGGAGAAGCUGCGGGAGCUGCUGGGCAGCCGGGAGGCGGGCGGCGCCGAGCCGCGGCCGGAGUCUGGAAACAAAGCAGGACAAGUCUGGGCACCUGAAGGAUCUACUGCUUUCAAGUGUCUGCUCUCAGCAAGAUUGUGUGCUGCUCUUCUGAGCAACAUCUCUGACUGUGAUGAAACAUUCAACUACUGGGAACCAACACACUACCUCAUCUAUGGGAAGGGGUUUCAGACUUGGGAAUAUUCCCCAGUGUAUGCCAUUCGUUCCUAUGCUUAUCUGUUGCUCCAUGCCUGGCCAGCUGCGUUCCAUGCAAGAAUUCUACAAACAAAUAAGAUCCUUGUCUUUUACUUUUUGCGAUGUCUUCUGGCUUUUGUGAGCUGUAUUUGUGAACUUUACUUUUAUAAGGCUGUGUGCAAGAAAUUUGGGCUGCAUGUGAGCCGAAUGAUGCUAGCCUUCUUGGUGCUCAGCACUGGCAUGUUUAGUUCAUCAUCUGCAUUUCUUCCUAGCAGCUUCUGCAUGUACACUACACUGAUUGCCAUGACUGGAUGGUAUAUGGACAAGACACCCAUUGCUGUGCUGGGAGUGGCAGCGGGGGCUAUCUUAGGGUGGCCAUUUAGUGCGGCUCUUGGUUUACCCAUUGCUUUUGAUUUAUUGGUUAUGAAACACAGAUGGAAGAGUUUCUUUCAUUGGUCACUGGUGGCCCUAAUUCUCUUUCUGGUCCCUGUGGUGGUCAUUGACAGCUACUACUAUGGGAAGCUGGUGAUUGCACCUCUCAAUAUUGUUUUGUAUAAUGUCUUCACUACUCAUGGACCUGAUCUUUAUGGAACGGAACCUUGGUAUUUCUAUUUUGUUAAUGGAUUUCUGAAUUUCAAUGUGGUCUUUGCUUUGGCUCUUCUUGUCUUGCCACUGACUUCUCUUAUGGAGUACCUGCUGAAGAGAUUUCAUGUUCAGAAUUUAGGCCAUCCAUAUUGGCUUACUUUGGCUCCAACGUAUAUUUGGUUCAUAAUUUUCUUCAUCCAGCCCCACAAAGAGGAGAGAUUUCUUUUCCCUGUCUAUCCACUUAUAUGUCUGUGUGGCGCUGUUGCUCUUUCUGCACUACAGAAAUGUUAUCACUUUGUGUUUCGACGAUACCGCCUGGAGCAUUAUACUGUGACGUCAAACUGGCUGGCACUAGGAACAGUCUUCAUGUUUGGGCUGUUAUCGUUCUCUCGCUCUAUGGCACUGUUCAGAGGAUACCAUGGGCCUCUUGAUUUAUAUCCAGAAUUUUACCGAAUUGCCACAGACCCAACUAUCCACACUGUCCCAGAAGGGAGACCUGUGAAUGUUUGUGUGGGAAAAGAAUGGUAUCGAUUUCCAAGUAGCUUCCUUCUGCCUGAUAAUUGGCAGCUUCAGUUCAUCCCAUCAGAGUUCAGAGGUCAGUUACCAAAGCCUUUUGCAGAGGGACCACUGGCUACUCGAAUUGUUCCUGUUGACAUGAAUGACCAGAACCGAGAAGAGCCAUCCAGAUAUAUUGACAUCAGUAAAUGCCAUUAUUUAGUGGAUUUGGAUACCAUGAGAGAAACACCCCGGGAGCCAAAAUAUUCAUCCAAUCGAGAAGAAUGGAUCAGCUUGGCUCACAGACCAUUCCUUGAUGCUUCCAGAUCUUCAAAGCUGCUUCGGGCAUUCUAUGUCCCCUUUCUGUCAGAUCAGUAUACAGUGUAUGCAAACUACACCAUCCUUAAACCCCGGAAAGCAAAGCAAAGCAGGAAGAAAAGUGGAGACCGGAGAAGAGCAGAACCAACUUACAGGAGGAAUUGAAAGUCCCUGGACUGGAUGGCUGUGUUAAGCUGUUCUUCACACACUGGCCUGGCAUCUGAGAACUAGCAAGCCUCCCUUAGGCCAUAUGGGCUUCUCCACCAAAGCUGUUUGGCAGCUCCUAGCAGACCUUCUUGUUCAAAUGCUAUUGCUGAAGCAAGCACGGCCUGAUUGCCAACCACUUCCUUUUCACCUCCAUCAAGGCUAAGCGUCUACCAAGCACUUCACAGGACCAGGACCCUGUCCUGGAGCUAUCUCAGGAAAAAGGAACUGUGGCCUGGUUUUAUUAUUUAUGAUGCUUUGGAUUUUCAUUUUCUUUUCUUUACCACCAUCCUGACCUGCUUUGUGGGGGUGGGUGUUAAGAUUAAAAAAAAGUUUUAGCCUGCUAUACCUUAAAUUGUGCUCUCAGUAGACUGUAACUACUUAAGAUGUUCUUGAGGAAAUUCUGUCAGUGAGAUUUGGAUGGUAUCACAUUUUAACUAAUACAUUCUUGAGGAAGUUAAGCAUUUCCUUUUCAAAAAAUCUCUAGUGGAAAGGACCAGUGUAUAUAUAUUUAUAGCAUCUAUUUUUCCAUGCUGUUGCACAUCCUGCAUGGGUUACUUCUAGUCAAAUAGGUAAUGACAGUGACCCAGUAACCAUGUAAGAAGCCUAUACUAUUUCUUUACCUUCCCAUGCAGUAUUUCACGGUUUACACGGUUUACAUGUCAUUUGACCCUUACACUCACAGUGUGAGGUUGACUAGGCAGAUGGUUUUAUCCCCAUUUUACAGAAGAGGAAACCAACCAAAGAGGAAGAGGUAAAGUGACUUUCUCAGGGUCACACAGAGGGUAAGCAUGGCACUAGAACCUAGGAUGCAUAAGUGCUCACACUUGAGUGCUCUUCCAUGCUUCCUCACUCAGUUAUAAAACACUUCUUGAAAGGAUGGGGAGGUUGACCAGAGUCCUGACUGAUAUUGUAACUUUCUAUCUUAAGGAAGAACUCUGUGUAUAUAUUUCUUUGAGUUCUUCAGAGCCUGCAACCUGCCUUUGUCGCCAGCCUCUCACAGCCAUGGUUUGUGAUACAGCGAGGCUUGCAGCAGAAACAUCCUGCUUGCUUUGCUUUGGAAGUCAUGUUACUUCGCAGGCAUUUGGGAUCUGCUGUGAGUACUGCUGUUGUCUAUCUGGGUCACAUUGUAGGUGCCUUAUUUCCUUAAGGGUAACUGAUUUUAGUGUUUGCAAAUAGGAUACCUCUUUUUCAGAAUUUCCAUGUUUCAUUUUUCUUUUCUAAAGAAAAGGCCUUUCCAAAAGGAUCUAAUCCCAAGAAAGUAGAAGAGAUAAGAGAAGAAAUGCUAAUAAUAUAAGAAAUUUCCUCUUUAGGGUCCUCUCUAAAGGAAUAUCUAAGUGAAAGUUGAAGCAGAGGAAAGAAAGGUAACAGGUCUAGCCAGCAUAGAAUGAUAAGGACAGAUAGACUGGAGUCCUUCUUGCUUAAAAGAUCUCGGGCGUUUAAUUCUCAAUAUCAAUUACUGUUUCCCAGAGCAAAUAGUGGAACUGUGAUCUUGUUAGGACAGAACUGUGGGUGAAGCAACUUGCCUUACUUGCAUAAUAGGCACUUUCAUAGAGGCCAAGGCACUCUCCUUUCUGGAGGGAUAAACAAAAGGUCCGGUAGUGGAGUUCAAUGGAAUUUUUCUCAUCAGAGUAAGGCAGGGCUGGGAGUGUAGCUCAGUGCAUGUUUAGCAUGCUGGAGGCAUUGAGUGCGAUUCCUAGCAUGCACAGCUGACCUCUAGAAAGUGGUACUCUACUAACCUAUUUUAUCAUAUUUUGUGCUUGAAAAAAAUUAGUAAUGUCCAAGAUCUUAGUUAUGAUAUAGCAAAAGACUGAAUUGGUACAGGGAUUCCUUGGGAAUAUCUUCUUGUCUCUUUGAAAACCUCUUUGUGGUUUUCUUCAUUAUAUAUAUUUAGUGAGAGCACAAUAAACUUCAGAACACUGUGCCAAGUACCAUAGGUAGGGGUUACUAGGUGGAUGGUUGCAACUGAGAAAGUAUUCAUGUGAUAUUUUCUAAAGACAUUGAAAAAUCUCUGUCUCAAAGCAAUACAGGGAGGUUGGCUUUGUUUGGGAAAAUAAAUUUUAAGAUACUUUGCUGAGUAGCAUUUCUUUUCCAAGAAUCUGUCUUCAGCAUAAGCUACUGCUUACUACAAGGGUAAACCAUCUAGGGCAUUUAUAGAUUGUUGGGUAUUGAAGACUGAGCACUAUAGAUUAUUCACAGUGGUCUUUGGUUGUGGGCUAAAUUUGGGAGUGCAGACACUGGAAAAUCUAGGAUUCUCUGAUCUGUAGCUCUGAAGCAACUUUGUCUCAAUCUAAGCCUUGUGACCCUGAGUACCAUGACUGAACCAGCCUGUGUGUCAGGCAUCUGCUAUCAAGUGUUCCUCUUAACCUGGUGUCAUCUGAUAAAAUAAACAAGACAUGUCAUUUUAAUCUCUUGGGAUAAUCACAGAAAAUUAUAGCCUGUAUUCUUUAUUACUGAGGAUAAGCUUACCAGCAGACUGUGUUUGAAAUCAAGGUGGUCCUUGACCCCAACAAUUUAUUUAGGUCAUCAUUCUUGGUCUGGAGUGAUGCAAGAGAUGGGUUCCCAUUCAUCAGUGGCAAUCCUUAAUUAUAUUGUCCAUUUCUUGAGAUUUAUUGAGUUAAUACUCACUGUGGUUGCAUAGUCAACUGGCCAGUACCAGGUAUUUUGGCUUUUAAUUUGGUUAUUUUCCUUAAAGAGGGAAAAGAGGCACAAUUAAAUUUUUGCCUCUGUAGAUGCAAUAAAGCUUGUGUGUGGGCUCUUCUCCAUGCUCCUACAUUCAAUGCCUUUAGUGAUGGAAAGUGAGCAUGUGCUCAGCUUCAGUAUUUUUAUAGCAGAUAGAUGAAGACUUCCUUGUAGCAUUGCUGGUUGCAGAGGCUUGCUGGAAUAUCCAGAAAUGUGAAUGUUGCCUUUAAUCUUCUCAUUGUGUGACGGUGAUUCCUGAUGCAGGUGAAGUCAGGAGGAGGUGCUGAGCCGAAACAGUUUUGUCCCACUUGCCUAUCUUUCUGACCCUUGUACUUUGUCACAUGUCAGUGUUUACAUUACCUGUUUCCUGUAUUUUCUGUGAAAGAAAACAUGAAAUAAAAAUUUGAUUUUUCUUCU